UUAACUUGUAGCCUUGAACUCUUAGAGUUAUAGGUAGUGACCUACUGCUCCCUACCACAUCCAGCAGCAAGCCAGGCUCCCACCAGCUUCCUCUGGACACCACUCUUCCCAAGGACUGGAAGACGCUAAUCUCAGGGAAGUAGAAAGAAAAUAGUAGAAAAAGAAACAGCAAACAGAAAUGUGAUAACAAAGUGUUUGGUAUCUAUAAAGAUGCUGCCUUAUUUCUUUCUUUCCAAGCAGCUUCCAGAUGCUUUAAUUCCCACUAUUCCAGGUCCAGAAAUGCCUUUGGCAUGUUUGACAGACUUUCAGGCUUUUGCCCGGGAGCGUCUGCCCAAGUCAACUUGGGAUUUUAUUGAAGGCGGAGCAGAUGACAGCUUCACGCGGGAUGACAACAUCGCAGCCUUUAAAAGAAAACUCUUUGUUGCUGAGCACAGAAUCCGCCUCCGUCCCCGGUACCUGAAAAAUGUGGUAAACGUGGACACCCGGACCACAAUCCAAGGGGAGGAAAUCACUGCCCCCAUUUGCAUCUCACCCACGGGUUUCCACUGCCUCGUCUGGCCGGAUGGAGAAAUGAGCACAGCCAGAGCAGCCCAAGCAGCCGGGGUCUGCUACAUCACCAGCACAUUUGCCACCUGUGCCCUGGAGGACAUUGCUGCCACUGCCCCCAGGGGCCUCCGGUGGUUCCAACUCUACGUGCAUCCAGACCGGCAGCUCAGCAAACAGCUGGUCCAGAGGGUGGAAUCCCUGGGUUUCAAAGCUCUGGUCAUCACUGUGGAUGUGCCCAAACUGGGCAACAGGCGACAUGACAUCCGAAACCAACUGGACUUAAAGCUGAACUUACUGCUCAAAGACCUUCACUCGCCUAAGGAGAGAACUUCAAUGCCUUAUUUCCAGAUGUCCCCCAUUGACUCAUCCAUCUGCUGGAAUGACCUCUCCUGGCUUCAGAGCAUAACUCGAUUGCCCAUUAUCCUUAAAGGGAUCUUGACAAAAGAGGACGCAGAGUUAGCCAUGAAGCACAACGUCCAUGGCAUCAUUGUUUCCAACCAUGGUGGGAGGCAGCUAGAUGACGUUCUUGCUUCUAUUGACGCCUUGGCAGAAGUGGUGGCUGCUGUGAAAGGGACAAUGGAAGUGUACCUGGAUGGUGGGAUCCGAACUGGCAACGAUGUGCUCAAGGCUCUGGCCCUUGGGGCUAAGUGUGUGUUUCUGGGGAGACCAAUCCUGUGGGGUCUUGCCUACAAGGGUGAAGAUGGUGUUAAGGAACUUUUGAACAUUAUAAAAAACGAGUUCCACACUUCCAUGGCCCUCACAGGUUGCCAGUCAGUUGCAGAGAUCAAUCAGGACAUGAUCCAGUUCUCCAGGCUGUAAAGGAAGAAGGCCAAUGAGCAGACUGCUGAGGUUGCCCACAGAGAGAAGACAAACUCACAGCAUGGUGUGCAAUGCCUUCCUGCCUUGCCCCUAUCCUACCCAGAGGCUCAUCCCCUGCACCUUCAACCACUCCAUCCCUUGUACUUCAGGCCCCAGACCCCCUCCUCUUCCUCAAAGGUGACACGCUCUCCUUUACCUCACUGUUUGUUAUAUGCUCUUGCCUGAACUCCUCCUCUGAAAGAAAAAAAACCCUUAAAAACAUGGGCCAAUAACGACUGAAAUGGCUAGCAGAUUUCUUUUUUUUGAGUAUCCUGUAUAACUCCGUAAACCAACUAUGUAAAUUGACACUCUGUACAGAAGAGCUAUAUGUAUAAACUGUUCUCCCACAAAAAUCCUCCUCCUGUGUGUAGAUAAUAGGGAAACCAUACAGGUAAAAACCUAGGCUUUGGAGCCACACAGGCCUGGAUUUAACAGUCAGGACUGGUACUGACCAGCUCUGCAAUGGGAAAGUUUUUUCAAUCUCUCUACCUAGCCGGCGAGGUCGAGAGAAAGAAAUGAGAUAAUGUGUGUCAACCUUACAGCGCAAUGCUUAGCACCCAGUAGAAGUUUAGGAAAUGGUAGCUUUUAUUGUUUGGCAAAUUUCUAUUCAUCUUUCAAGACCUUGCACAAAUGUCACCUAUCCUUACUAUGGGCUACUUUCUAGGUAUUUCUUCCUAUUGUACUUCGCACAUUCCGCUAUUACAACACCUAUUAUAAUACGAUAUGUUUGUGUAUUUAUUUAGUUAGUUGCAUGUCUUUUUCCACAAGUAGAUUGUACAUGGCUCCAGGCAAGAAGCUGUACACUUGAUACUGGGUUUGGCAUUUGGCAGAAUCUUGAUGAAUACCUGUAAGAUAGAUGGAUGGAUGGAUGGAUGGAUGGAUGGAUAUGUGGGUAGACGGAUGGGUGGACAGACUAAAGAUAAAUGGAUGAAAGGAGAGAUGAAAAAAAUGAAUAGAUACCCUCGCAGGGUAACUCCUCACACCAGUAGUCAGCUAAAAUAGCCUCCUAAAGCAGGGGCACCUCACUAAGAUCUGACAUUGUAGACUUCAAGAAAGUUAGGGAUGGAAAUCAACAUUGUAAAUAAAUAGCCCCCAGACUCA